AGUACACAUUUCCCGAAUUGCCGGCCGGUCAUUGCCCUAAUGGGUCAACCUCUUGAGUCUUGACAUUCACUCCUCCACCAAUGGAGAUUCAACCCGAUGGAUUCUAUCCGAAGCCCGCCCCAUCUGUGAUGAUCUGAUAGACUCGCGGGCCAAUCGCGGAUCCCUAUACCUCGUAGGCCCACCAUAUGUCGCCAUGUUAGACUUCCCUGACUUGUAGGUUGUCUGCUCCCCUUAUGCCUAGUAUUCCAGCACCAGCCGCUCUCUCCCAAACCAAGCGGACGGACCUUACGCAGCCAUGUCUAGGUGUCCGGAAUUGACGAGAGCCGGUCCGACAUCCUGGUAGUCCGUAUAAGAAUUCCACAGAUGCCCACAUUCCUGGCCAUUCCUCCCAUGAAUCAAGAUAAACGCCGGUUUCCUUACUCCGCCUCUAAAUGCCCAGCUCUCCUUUCAAGGUUAUUGUCGUGGGUGGUGGCCCGGUCGGCCUUACUGCGGCGCAUGCACUCGCCCGCGCUGGCAUCGACUUUGUCGUGCUCGAACGCCGAGACUCAGUACUCCACGAUCAAGGUGCCAGUCUGGUCCUUGGAGCCCCAUCUCUGCGCAUUAUGCACCAGCUAGGUCUGCUCGACCAGUUGUUAGCCAUUGGGGCGGAACUUCGCCAGGUCCAGGCGUAUACACGAGAGGGACAGGUAUUCCGCAAUACCAACCCUUUCCAAAUCAUGCGGAGAAAUCAUGGGAUCGCCCCGGUCGCGUUCCAUCGCGCACACUUGAUCCAGACCCUAUACAAUUUGCUUCCGGACAAGGCCAAGGCAAAAUACCUAUUCAGUAAAAGGGUCAGCGAUAUCGAGUCAAGCGACACCGGGGUUCGAGUCACCUGCGCUGAUGGGACCUCGUUCGAAGGAUCUAUGGUCCUUGGAGCCGACGGCGUUCACAGCAAAACCCGGCAGUUGAUGCGCCAACUCGCCCUGGCCGCAGACCCCACUCGGAGUUGGGAUGCCGCAAAACCCUUCAAAGCCGAGUACAAAUGCUUGUGGUGCAGCUUUCCCCGACGGACUGACGUCGGACAUGCCACUGAAACCCAAAGCAAAAACUAUUCGGUCAUGUACCUCUCCGGGCGCGAUCGUGGAUGGAUCUUCCUUUACGAGCGUUUGCCACAGCCAACUUCCGAUCGAGUAGACUACACGACGGAAGAUAUCGAGGCAAUGGCGGCACGGUUUGCCGAUUUUCCUAUCACCGAUACUCUGAAGGUGAAAGACGUGUACACGGAGCGGUCCACCUCGGGCAUGGCCAACCUGGAGGAAGGCAUUCUGCAGCACUGGGGUUGGGGACGGAUCGUUCUCGCGGGAGACGCUUGUCACAAAUACACCCCCAACGCUGGACUAGGUUUCAAUAAUGGCAUUAAGGACGUGGUGGUACUGUGCAACGGGUUGCACAAGGCGCUGCAGAGCGCAGCAGGUGGAUCGUUAGACGCUGCCACGCUCGGUCAGAUAUUCAACGAAUAUGAAGAAGAACGCGCUGGGCCAGUUCGUUCGGAUGCGGGACAAUCUGCGAGGACAACGCGAUUGCAUGCGUGGGCCAACACGCUAUACUUCCUUGCAGCGCGGUACAUCCUGUCGUGGGAGGUCGUUGAAGGGUUUCUGAUCAACUUCCUAGGCGCACGUGCGAUGAAGCAGUGCCCUGUGCUGGGGUACGCGCCUGCUACGGAGCCGUUCGUGGGGGCCGUAAAGUGGGAUCACCCGUUGCCAGCGAUAGACCAGGAGCUAGCGUGUUGAACACAUGGAGUCGGUGUUACGUGAUUCUAUACCUUGAUGAGAACUGAGAACCUCCUCUCUUCGCUGAUUUUCCCCCAUGACUUUGCCAACGCAUGAUGUCAA